AUGUCUAUGCUUUAUUUUCUACCUUCGAUCUAAACUCCGUUGAUCUUGCUGCACAGACAGGACAAACCAACUGAAACAGUUUUCCAUCUCUCUUUUUUCUGCGCAUAAACAAACAAACAAACAAACAAUCAGGGUUUAUAACUACGUGAAGAGUUGUGAUGGUGUCUGAGGAGAGUGUUCAGGGGGAUGGUGUUGUUCUUAAAGGUGAUGUUACUGUUACUGUUAGUGAAUUGCCUUCAGAUUUGGCGGCGGAUGAAAUACCUGAUAACUUUCAAGAUGCAAUUGGGGGUGCUGAUGAGUGUGUCAAACAUUUGAAUGAGAUGCCAGCUGUUCAGGCUAAUUUAAAAGAAGGGAGGAUGAAUGCUUGCCAGUCUGAGAUUUCUAAUGAAGAAAAUCAACGAAAUUAUGAAAACUCGUCUAUUGUCAGGGAACCUAAAGAGAAACUAGUGAAUAAUGCUAAAGAGAAACCAACCACUCAGAUCACUGAAAAACUUAAUAGUGAAUCUGUUUCCUCAUCUGGAAAAUCUGUUGCUACUAGCACCCCUCUUGUUCGUCCUGCUGGCCUUGGGACUGCACCACCAUUAUUGAAACCUACUCCCCGGGUAGUGCUGCAGCAGUCACGGGUAAAUUAUACUGUAUCUAAUACGCAGUCCCAAAAAAUGGAAGAUUCCUCAACUGGGGAGUCUGAGGAGUAUGACGAGACUCGAGAGAAACUUCAAAUGAUUAGGGUGAAGUUUUUGCGGCUAGCUAGUAGGUUUGGGCAGACUCCCCACAAUGUUGUUGUAGCAGAGGUUCUAUAUAGAUUAGGACUGGCUGAGCAACUCAGAGGGAGGAAUGGGGGUCGUGUUGGUGCUUUUAGCUUUGACCGUGCAAGUGCAAUGGCCGAGCAUCUCGAAUCAGCGGGUCAAGAACCACUUGAUUUCUCUUGUACAAUUAUGGUUCUUGGAAAGACAGGAGUCGGAAAAAGUGCAACCAUCAAUUCUAUCUUUGAUGAGGUUAAAUUUAAUACCGAUGCUUUUAAUAUCGGAACAAAAAAGGCUCAGGAUGUCGUGGGAACAGUACAAGGCAUUAAAGUCCGGGUCAUUGAUACACCAGGACUUCUACCUUCCUGGUCAGACCAACGGUACAAUGAGAAGAUCCUGCACUCUGUCAAGCGCUUUAUUAAGAAGUCACCACCUGACAUUGUGCUGUAUCUUGAUAGGUUAGAUACGCAGAGCCGAGAUUUUAGUGAUAUGCCGCUCUUACGCACAAUUACUGACAUUUUUGGACCAUCCAUAUGGUUCAAUGCUAUUGUAGGUUUGACUCAUGCAGCAUCUGCUCCACCUGAUGGCCCUUCCAGUUAUGACACGUUUGUCACACAACGCUCUCAUGUUGUGCAGCAAGCCAUUCGUCAAGCAGCUGGUGAUAUGCGUCUCGUGAUUCCUAUAUCGUUGGUGGAGAACCACUCUGCAUGCAGAAUUGAUACGUCCGGCCAAAGAGUGUUGCCAAAUGGCCAGGUUUGGAAACCACAUCUGUUAUUCUUAUCUUUUGCGUCAAAAAUUCUGGCUGAAGCAAAUGCUCUUCUUAAGUUACAAGAUAGUCCACCGGAAAAGCAUUACACAGCCCGCACAAUAGUGCUGCCACUACCAUCUCUUAUGUCAACCCUUCUGCAGUCAAGGCCACAAGUAAAGUUGCCAGAGGAGCAAUUCAGUGAUGAGGACAGUUAUGACACUCUUGACGAGCCAUCAGAUUCUGGUGAUGAAACAGACCCUGAUGACUUACCACCAUUUAAACCUUUGACAAAGGUCCAAAUCAGAAACCUUUCUAGAGUUCAGAAGAAAACAUAUCUGGAUGAGGUUGACUACCGAGAAAAACUUUUUAUGAAGAAACAACUGAAGGAUGAAAAAAAGCAACGAAAGAUGAUGAAGAAAAUGGCAGAAUCAUUAAAAGAUCUGCCAAGUGAUUAUAGUGAAAACAUGGAGGAAAAAAGUGGCGCUGCAGCUGCUGUUCCCAUGCCAGAUAGGUCCUUGCCUGCUUCCUUUGAUUCUGAUACCCCCACUCACCGGUAUCGUUUUCUUCAUUCAUCCAACCAGUGGCUUGUGAUGCCUGUCCUAGAAACUCAUGGAUGGGAUCAUGACGUGGGUUAUGAAGGCUUAAAUGUAGAAAGGUUUUUUGUUCUUAAAAACAAGAUACCCUUGUCUUUUAGUGGUCAUGUUACCAAGGAUAAAAAGGAUGCUAACGUUCAUAUGGAAAUGGCAAGUUCAGUUAAGUAUGGAGAAGGGAAACGAACAUUGUUAGCUUUUGAUAUGCAGACUGUUGGGAAAGACUUGGCUUACACAUUAGGCAGUGAGACAAAAUUUUGUAAUUUUAGGAGAAAUAAGGCAACUGCGGGUCUCACAUUUACUCGCUUGGGAGAUGCGAUGUCAGCUGGAGUUAAAGUUGAAGACAAGUUUAUUGCUAAUAAGCAAUUCGAGUUGGUUAUUGCUGGGGGUGCAAUGGCAGGGCAUGAUGAUGUUGUUUAUGGUGGCAGUUUGGAGGCCCAGUUGAGGGAUAAAAAUUACCCUCUAGGAUGCUCAUUAUCAACGCUUGGGCUUUCCGUUAUGGAUUGGAAUGGAGAUCUUUCUGUUAUGUGCAAUUUACAAUCACAAAUUCCCAUUGGACGGUAUACAAACCUUGUUGCGCGGGCCAAUUUAAACAAUCGUGGAGCUGGACAAAUUAGCAUUCGACUAAAUAGUUCUGCACAACUUCAAAUUGCUUUGAUUGGCCUCAUCCCUCUACUUAGGAAGGUUGUUGGUUAUUUUCAUCAAUUGCAGUUUGGACAGUGAUGAUGCUGUUAGAUUAUGUGAGCUGCAAUUCUUGCACGGUAAUAGGUAUUUUUUUUAAGAUGAUUGCUAGAUGCUAUGAAACAAGAAUGAUGCUAAAUUGUGUUUUCGUGUUUUCUAUACCAAAAUUAUCUUAUUAUUUAAUCAUAUGCAUUGUAGUCUCCCUUAUUAGGUGGUAGCUUUUGGUAUUUUUAUACAUUAUGCUGCCGGGCUCCAAGUUAUGCAUCUGUUUCAUAAAUACACCACAUGGGGAUGAAAAUUCUCAUUAUUGCUUCUUACCCUGCAUUUUGUCAUAAGCAAUCUCGUGUUAAUUUUUGUCGUCUAGAGUUCAGAAUGUUUAGUGUACCUUUAAGUUAUGUUUGAGAAUGGGUUUUGGAGAGGAUGUGAAGCCUCUUAUAUACCCUUGUUUGGGAGGGUUUUUUUUUUUUUUUAAAUAAAUAAAUAAAUAAGAGUUUGGGAUUUUUAAAAAUCCUCCAGAGCCCUCCUCUUAUACUUUUUCCUUUUCCCCCAGAUUGGGGAUUUUGAAGAAAAUAAACUGAAAUGACUCAUUCACUGCUUCCAUUUCAUCUUCUUCCUUGUCUUAAUCUCUCUCUGCUUUCACUUCUUUUCUGUGUCGUUUAUUCAAUUUGUAAAUUUAAGGAACAGUUUUCAUUAAGCAAUUGAUUCUGCAUGCCCAGAACAAGUCAAUUUUGGAUUUUAAAUUUUUAGCAGGACAUCCUAUUUAGGUAUCAUUUUUUUAUUCAGGCAUUGUAACACUUUCAGCUUUUCAGUCUUUAAUAUAUGAACAAGAGUAAUGCAUGAUUCAUGAUAUGAACCCUUUCCUUUCUAUGCAGUUCAUCAAGUUAAAGUUGCUAUUUGCACUGUAAUUUAAUUGCCUUUUUUUUUUGUCUUUUCAGAACUGUAUUUUGUUGUAGCACGGCGCUACUGCUAUGGUAUGAUAUUAAAAUUUCAGAAUAGAUUUAAUCAUAUAUUCUCACACUUAUCAUGCCUCUUCAAAAAGGCAGAUAUGAUACUGUCAACAAAUGCAUCGGAAUUAUUUUUCUCUCCAUAUUCUUUAUUUUCUUACAAAUAAUGGCCCUUUAGAACUCGUGGCCUUCCAAUGUUGACACAGAAUCAUUUAUGGUUUUAUCAAACUGGUCUCUUUGUCUUGGAUGUCAGAUGCUGAUUAACAUACAUAUUAGUUGUAUUGGAUUUUCUGUACACGCACGCACGCACCCACACUGAUACAUAUGUGGUGUUAGAUGAUAAAUCAUGCACCAGUGUCACCUUUGUUUUUUCUUGUCAAUUUUGACAAAAAUGCACCAAUGUUACUUCGUUAGUUUCUAUUUGGUAACUACUCUUCUCCCACAGCAUUGCUCUGAAUUUCACCGAAGAUAUGUAGUGUAAAAUCUUUGGUAAUGUGAAGAUUGUAUAUAUUUUUGAAGAAGAUGAAGAUUGUAUAUUACAUACAUAUGAGUAGAGGAUUUUAAAAUUAGAAAGAGAUAAACAAACCUAAGUGACUAAAAGUUCUCUUCUACAGCAUGCAUGCAUGCAUGGAUUUGGAAAAGAAAAUACUCCAACAAAACGAAUGCACACUUUAUUUGAUGUUUAAA